CUUGGAUCAAUUUAGUAUAUGUGGUUACACAGGUUUCAGCGAACUCAUUGCCGAGAAGAGUUCAUGAGUUGGUGGCCGAAAGUACACCAACCUGGAUUUGGUUAGGAACCUAGUAAGACGUUAGCUUGUGCGAAAGUCAGCUACCCUCUUCCCUUCAUCUUUUACCUGGACACAUAAUAGUAUAGCUGCAUUGGGGCUGCCGUGGUUGUUGGCUCUCAGGAAGCCCGUCGCUGUUAUUAACAGCCCAGCCGCUGAUGGUUCAUGCUACUCGCUUGCCUUCGUAUGGCGGUAUUGAGCGCUGCGCACUCAGGCGCUCGUCGUAGCUUUGCGGCAGCGGCAGCAACGGAGCAUGUUGCACGUAGACAUUUUCACGCUCGCCUUGCUGGAUUCGCCCUAUCACCGCAACCAGUCAGCCUAGCGCCACGGAUGACCUCUAACGCAUCGCCAACAAGGCGACGAUCUCUUACCACGUCUUGCGUCGGCGAGCCGGAGGGUUUUGAGUCGGGCAUCAUUCGUGGCGCGUCUGUAAAGUACAAUGACUCUGCCGCCCUUCAACUACGUCGGCGAGCUCUACUGCAGUGGCAGUCCGGCUCCCCCAGCCGCGUCCUCAUCAUCAAGAAGCCUCGCAACCCCGCCGCAUCCGCCAAGAUGCGCGAGAUGGGGCAGUGGCUGGCAGCGCGCGGGGUGCAGGUGUUUGUGGAGCGGGUGGUGUGGGCCACGGAGUUCAAGGAGUUCAACGUGUUCGACCCACGGGUCAAUCGCCACGACAUUGACUUCUGCAUCACACUGGGCGGCGACGGCACCGUGCUCUACAUGACCUCCCUCUUCGAAGAGGACGAGCCGCUCCCACCCACACUGUGUUUCGCCAUGGGCUCACUGGGCUUCCUCACGCCCUUCGACGCCGCCACCUUCGCCCCCACCCUGGAGCGAGUGCUUGACACCUCCCGCACCCCGCUGCACUGCACGCUGCGCACUCGCAAGCGCUGCGAGGUGGUGUACGACGGGCGGUUGGAGGCCGUACAUCACGUGCUGAAUGAGUGUGUACUCGACCGCGGCUCCUUCCCCGGCGCCGUACUGCUCGAGAUCUUCGUGGACGGCUCCUACGUCAGCAACGUGGAGGCCGACGGCCUCAUCAUCUCCACCCCCUCCGGCUCCACCGCCUACUCCAUGAGUGCCGGCGGGCCGGUGGUAGCGCCCUCCGUGCCCUGCACCGUACUCACACCCAUUGCGCCGCUGUCGCUGUCGUUCCGACCCGUGGUUCUGCCCGAGUCCUCCUCGCUCUGCGUGCACCUGCCCACCUGCGCGAGGUCGCAUGCGCGCGCCUCCUUUGAUGGCAAGCGGCCCAUGCGGGUGCGGCGGGGCACCUCGCUGUUCUUCACGGCCUCGCUGUGUCCGCUGCCGGUCAUCAGCUUGGGUCGCAUGGAUACGGACUGGUACGAGGGCAUCACCAGCAAGCUCAAGUGGAACCAAGCCAUCCGCCAGCUGCCCUCCUGCCCCUCACCCGUGGGCGCACGACAGCAGGAGCUCUGCAGCGCGAGGCAUGCGGACAGAGGAGGAGCAGGCGGCGGUGCGGAUGAUGCGGAGGGGUGUUCCGUGAGCGAUGCGGUGCACUGGGACGCGACGGCGGCGCUGGCGGCGGCUAGGGCUCGCAGCCGAGGGGGCGAUGCUGGUAACGGCAACAGCAACAGCAACGGUGGUGGCAACGGUAACGGUAACGGUAAUGGCGGAGGGAGGCCGUACGGCACUGCAACGGCUGCGGAGGGGGCAACAGCCGGUACGUCAGCAGCUGCUGCACUGACAGGGUUGGCUGGUGUUACUGUUGGUGAGGAAGUUCGAGUGGAUCUAGGAGGCGGCGGCAGCAGCAACAGCUAUCGGAGCAGCAGCAGCUACCGCAGUGGCAGUGGCAGCACAAAUCUAGGCAGCAGCGGGGGCAGUGUUACUGAUAGUCUGGACGAGCAGCGGGUGGAGGAGGAGCAUGAGGAGGAGGGCCUCCACGCCUCCACACAUGCUCAUUCGGCGCGGCCUCACCCAGAAACAGCAGCGGCUGCAGCGGCUGCAGCGGCAGCAGCGGGCACCCCUCGGCGCACGUCCGAGGAGCCCGUUGGGAUUGGCUCCGCGGCUCAUUGGGUUCCCGGGGUAGGGGGCGAAGGCGGGAGGGAUGAGGUGGGCGCGGCAGGGGAAGAGGUGCAGGAUGGCGGUCGGGAGCGGGGGGUUGCCAAGGGGUGAGAGAUGGGAUGCAUGACUGAUGAGGUGGCUGGGAGGCGUCAGACGGGCCGCUGAUGCCGAUCUGCUUUGCUACCGGAAUAUGGGCGUAGGAAUGCAGCCUUAACGGCACAGCAGCAGCAGCGGUGGUCUGAGGCAGCUGCCAGGCCAGCGGCGCGGGUGUCUUCCUGGCUGCGGAUCACUUAGUGCUGAGGAGAUAGUACUGAGGGAGUGAGAAACGAAGAUAGAGUGGUGUUCCUAAAUACCGGUACCUCACUGCUUGACCGUUACAGCGGGGCACCGUGAAGAAGGGGGAGAGGCGUGACGCGUGGUGCUUACCGUGCAUUGUGUGCGUGUGUGCAUGUGCGAGGCUGUGUGCUAGGUCUUCAACUGAGCUACAGACGUGAGGCUGACACGUGCGUGAGUGCAAGUGGGCGUGUGGGCGUGUGCCGAGUACGGAGACUGGUAUCGUACAUGCGUUUUGGCUACUGCUGUCGACCGCCUUUUCAUUCUUAUCUGCUUGCGGUAGAGGACAGGAAUGCCAGUGUGUACGACAUGUGUACGACGGUCAUUCGUUCAUGUUGACCACGUCUGUGCAAGUACGGUAACGUUUUUCUAUACGAAUAUACUGUAUACAGAUAGCAGUACGGCUGUACGGGUAGUAAGGUGCACUUGUGGCUGUGUUAAGGAAACUGGCCGUGUCCUAAGAAACUGGCCGUGAGUGCCCGUGUCAACUGUCCGCGAGUCGGUCAUUGUGUGCGUGACGUGUGGUGUGUCUCGCGCGUUAUACCGGCACAUGAGCAGGCAGUAUGGGCCGUACGAUCCGAAGAGUGCUAUUGUCCGCAGUAACGACUUUGUUUGGAUAGGGUAGCCCCACUUAGCGCCCUGCAGCAUGCUUACCCGCUCACGGCCAGCGUUGCAAACAUGGCACCACGAGGCUGCAGCUUGCCGAGUUGAAAUGGUCGUCACGACAUGCAUGUAUUCAUGCAGGACGUGGCAGCGAUUUGGACGGCGAUACACCCACCAGAAAUGCCUGGCGGCGCCGGGUGUCGUAGACAUUGGGGUGCUUGAAGGAUUGCCGCGGCGUCUGCUUAUGGUGUCCCAAACCUUUGUGUCUUCCGUGCGUGGCUUGGCGGUCUUUGAGGGGCGCAAAGGAACGUGUAUAAAACAAUUGAU